AUGACAUUUUCCAGAGCUCGAGUUAUUUCUUCAUUUGAUUACAACCUUAAUGGUGAAACACUUCUUCGGACUAUGGGGGCUAUUAAAGACCUCGGUAUUUAUUUCGAUCCUAAACUUAAAUUUGACAGUCAUAUUACCAACAUUGUUAACAGGUCAAAUAAAAUCCUUGGUUUUAUCCGUCGUAAUUGUGCUGAUUUUGAUGAUUCAUUAGCUUUAAAGUCUAUUUACUGUAGCUUGGUACGCUCUAUUUGUGAAUAUGGCUCAAUAAUAUGGUCUCCAUAUCAAUCGGGUCAUAAGCAAAUCAUUGAAAAAAUUCAACAAAAAUUCCUACGUUUCCUUUCAUUUAAAUGUUCCAUAAUCAGAGAACCUCAUUCUUCAUAUACUCCACUACUAACAAUUCUCAACCUCGAAACACUUGAACAACGUCGACUGCGAUUAGAUUUGUACUUUUCGUAUAAACUUUUUUCAGGAAAUAUAGACUGUCCUGAGUUCCUAAGUCGCUUCUCCUUCCAUACCCCUAUUCGUAACUCCCGGUCUAAAAACACUUUCUAUCUAAACACAGAA